GCGGUCAGUACGUUAACGGCCGUGGUGGAAGUUGGUCCAAGUUGGUCGAUUAGUUGAUCGCGCGUGCCAUGCCUACCGUCGUGUAAACACAGCGUCGCAACGUCACAAGCGCGAUUCUCUGUCUCUCUCUCUCUCUCUCUCUCUCUCUCUCUCUCUCUUCACAACGCGACGUCGCGUUCCUUCUCGUAGUGCGCUUUCACGUUCGAAUAUGCCGUGCGUGUAAAGUCGGUGAGAAGGUUAAAAUGUCGCAGCACUUGGCUGACCGAGAUCUGCUGGCAAACAGGUGAAGAUGGAAGAUGAUGCUGACCUAAGAGAGCAAUUGUUUCACAACACCGUGCGAGAGACCAUCAUAUUCCUGUUACUCUUUCUGCUGCUGUAUAUCACGAGUCACGCGCUGAUCGAGCGUUUUAGACGUCGCGAUCGCGAAGACUAUCUCUCAGUGGACGAGGAUGAAGCCACCGUGUACAAGAUCAGUCACAGUUUAUGCACGGUCGCGCUGGCGGUGUCCAUCGGUGCUACACUCCUCCUUCCGGUGUCGAUCGCCAGCAACGAAGUGCUCAUCCUCUACCCGAACAGCUACUAUGUUAAGUGGCUCAAUAGCUCCCUCAUCCAAGGUCUGUGGAAUCUCGUAUUUCUGUUCUCCAACGUGUCACUCUUUGUGUUUCUACCUUUCGCCUACCUCUUCACAGAGUCGGAGGGUUUCAUGGGCCAUAAAAAGGGCGUGAUGGCGAGGGUGUACGAGACGCUGACUGUUCUCUUUUUGCUGGGCACUCUCGUACUGGGAAUGACGUACGUGCUGUCUGCCCUCCUAGAUCAUCAAAAUUCGAGUUUGCACACAUUGCUCAAUUUAUGGAGUUACUAUUUGCCUUUCUUGUACUCCUGCGUCUCAUUCGUCGGCGUUGUGAUGUUGUUAUUAUGUACUCCCGUGGGAUUUGUGCGACUAUUUGGUGUCGUGGGAUCCUUUCUGGUUAAGCCUCAAUUUCUGAAGAAUUUGGAUGAGGAAUUUUAUGCUUAUAGAUUGGAGGAAGAUUGUAUCCGUCGGCGAUUACAGCAUGUGAAAGCGACGGGUAAGUCGUACGUGUCGCCGGUGCCAAUGUCUGUACCGGGUUGUGGCUCGUUGAUAGAGGAGGACGAGCCGUUGCUAAGUAUGAAUCCGAGUCUGAUGUGCCUCAGAAAUGGUGCUUUGCAGAAAGGCCUUGCCGAGAGGCUAGAAGACAUUCAGAAACAGCGACAGUUGUUGGACCGGCAAAGGAGCACGUGGUGGGUGAGGCGUACGCUGUUCUAUCCGCUGGCGAUGCUGACUCUGCUUGUCCUGUCUACCGCCACUGCUCUAUUGGCAGUGCAGAACACACUGGAGCUGUUAAUAGGCAUCAAAGCGCUGCCUUUAAGCACGAGGCAAUUUACGCUUGGCAUCAGUUCACUGUCGAAGCUCGGACCUAUCGGAGCGACCAUUGAAGUGGCGGUAAUUCUUUAUCUGGCCGUGACUAGCGCGAUCGGCCUGUACGCGCUACCAGGUGUGAGGAAGGUUCAACCGAAGUUGCAUUCAACACAACUCACUCAUCUUAUCGCGAAUUGUGCCCUCCUGCUCGUACUCAGCUCAGCGUUACCGUUGUUAUCACGAAUACUAGGAAUGACAAACUUCGAUCUACUUGGUGACUUCGGGCGCAUCGAGUGGCUAGGUAACUUUAAACUUGUGCUUCUCUACAAUCUGAUCUUCGCGACAGCGGCGAUCGGCUGCCUGGCCACCAAGUUCAGCGCGACCGUGCGUAAAGAGAUCUAUGCCCGUUUGAGGAGCAGCCUGCUAAGUAUCUUUAGGACGGACGCGAAGAGAGGUUUGUCAGGGAUGUUUUCUACAAAGGAAGAUUAGACUGAUUUAGAUUGUAAUUAUAAGCGGAGAGAAAUGAGACGCCGGGACCUUGCGAAAGUUUUCCUGGUUUCCGAAAGAUACUUGUAGAGAAUUACAAGAUGUUUUCUCAAUUGGAGCCUGAAAGCUCAUAUUGUGUCUAGAAAAGUGAUUGUGAAGGACCUCGGAUCGCGGGUUGUCAUAUGCUCAAUUCCUCGUUGCUCGAUAAUUCCUUGAAUAAUAUUCCUUAACCAUUGGAAAUAUUUGUAAAAAAAAACUCUAUCCGUACACGAGUUCCUCGGUGAAAUUAUAACUAUGACAAGAAUGCUGAUUGACUCACAGAUAUUCAGUUUCUGAAUCAUAUUAUGUCUCGAAACUAGUUUCGGCUGAAUUUAUCGGCAGAAACGCAAUUGUAUAAGUACCAGUCUUAGUCGAUUAGAUUAUCACGCGUUAAGUUACGUGUUUAGACUGUUGGAUAUUCCCACGUAUUUCCCAUUGAUUUGUAUUCGAUCACAAAUAUCUCUACUUUCGUAUUACGAAAUUCCAAUCUUGCAAUAGAGAUUCUGGCUUCAUAGGACCUACGUUCCAACAAUGUCUGCGAAUCCUUUCUUUUCAAUCUCUAGACUCUCCCGCGUAUUCGAAUCUGAAGAUCCAAAAAGCUGUUAUUACAUUCGAUAGCCAACGAAACUUUCGUGAGAGCCUAAAAGCUUAUCGUUUGAGAACGAUCAAGCGAAUGUUAUAGCAAUUUUUUGGUCACUACGAUAUGCGAGGCCAGUUAGGACACGUCCGAUAAGAAUGACUAGGGUCAUAUCCGUGAUGCGUAGCCUUAAUAUAAAUUUUUUUUUAUUUAUUACAUUAUAUUAUUCUUACUAGUUUUAAGUAUAUACUGAUUCGGGCUGUAAUCAGCUCAUCGUAAAGCGAAUGUGUGUGUGUAUGUAUGUAUUGUAAUCAAAGAAUCGGUUUAACACAUACUGUCAGAGACUGUAAAGACGAUAUGUGCGAUUUCGAAUAUGCAUCUAGUGAAUAUAUGCGGGAUGCCCACCAAAGAAAUUUCAAUACCGAUAUGGACAACACGCGAUAAGAAUCGUCGUCGGUAGACGGAUAUUAGAACUCGGUCUAUCAAAUUUUACGAUUUUCGGUCCCGUUACGAUUAAGUAGAAAUAUAUAAAUAUAUACAUAUAUUUUAAUUUAAAUAAUAACUUUUAAUGUGAGUAAUUUAUUAAAAACUUAUUCGAUGAAUUACAUAUGAAGCAUGAAACGUGCCAGAAGAGUUUUCAGAAUGAGUUGUAAUAAAAAGAAAUUUUAAGAGAAUCA